ACAGGAAAGUGUCAGUUGUUUUGUCAGGGGGAUGAAGAUGGCGGCGUGCAGGUGGUGUGGAUUUGCUCUCACUGUUUUAUGGCUGGUUAUUGGAGUUUCCUUUGCCUCUCUUGGCUUCCUGAACCUAGAGGAGUUAACAGAAAUGAAAUACGGUAUCGAAAUUCUUUCGGAACCUGUGAUUAAAGGCCAGAGCAAAGCUGACAACAUAGUGACAAUCUCCUCUAAGUACAAGCAGAAUUAUGAAUGCAAACUUCCUGCUGUUGCUGUGAAGUUCCAUCAGGAGAGGGAGGAAGAACAGCAGGAGUACUCAGGGCUUGGAAUAUCUGAUUUGCUUCGGCCCAUGGAAGCAGCUCCAUGCCUUAUCAAGACGAAAGACUGGUGGACUUAUGAGUUCUGCUAUGGAAAACAUAUCCAACAGUACCGUGUUGAAGAUUCGGAAGUAAAAGGAGACAUUCUAUCUCUUGGCACUUAUCAAUCUGAAUUUGAUUGGAACAAUGAAACUGCAAAGGCAUCCAAGCAUCAUCGACUAAAGCGUUACCAUAGUCAGAUGUAUGUAAAUGGUUCCAAAUGUGAUCUGAAUGGAAAAUCUAGGGAAACUGAAGUUAGGUUCAUGUGCGAGGAAGGAUUUGGAGAUUAUAUAGCUCGUGUGGAUGAACCCCAGUCUUGCACAUAUGUUUUAACAGUGCACACCACUCGCAUCUGUCACCAUCCUUUCCUGCGCCCUUCUUCCAAUGGCAGCCCACAAUCAAUAAAAUGUCAUCCUGCCCUGAGUCCAGAGCAGUAUGUUGAAUACGUGAAGGCGCAAGUCUAACCUGAAUCAUCAUUGGAAUCACAAAACCUUGAAGAGGAACACAGACAAGACCUGGAUGAUACAGAUUUUUGGAAUAGAGUUUUAAGACCACAAGACAGAGAGGCACAGACUGCAGAAACAGAUAACACGGUCAUGAAAAAAAUGUUCGUUAUAAGAUGAUUCGGAAUCCAGAUGACCUGGUGAAAUUUAUUGCCGAAUUAAAGAAAAGUGAGAAAAAGCAGACGCAAGAAGACGGUAAUGACUUGCACAGUUCACCCAGUGAAGAAGACACCAGCCCAACAUCUGAUAGAAAUUCUGACGAUGAGGAGGAUGAACGGGCUCUCAUGCAAGAGUUUGAAAAUGAGUUGGUAGACAUCCUACUACCAAAAACUGAUUUAUCACAAGUGAAAGAAGAUGUGAAAACUGAGAUGGUGAAGGAAUUUGAUAACAUUAUUAAUGAGGCUCAAGAAGAGUUGGAGACAGAAGGCUUGAAAGGAGAAUUUGAUAGAAAAGAGGCUUCCAAAUCACUAGCCACAACUCUAAACAAACUUAUCGACAAACUGGAUGACACAGAUACAGAAAAAGGAGAGGACACAUCUAUGGAGGAUGAAAAGAGUAGCGAGAUCCAAAGCAACCCUGAGCCAAUUGCAAAAUCACCAUCUGAUGAACAAUUGGAUGACCGUAUUAAAGUCAGGGUCACUAAGAUACAACGAGGCAGCUCUGAGCAGGAUGGGAGGAAGGUGAGCGAGAUGAGCAGCGACAAUCCACAGCUGAAGCAAAUUCAGAAUGUUGUUAAAGACUUGCUUGAAAAAGAAGGACUAAAAGCAGAAGGGAAAAUAGAAAUUAAGAUUCUCACCACGGGUGGCUUUGGUGAUGAAGGUGAUGGACACUGGCUUUCAGAAGAAAACCUAAAGGACAUUUUUUUCAACUUAUUGAUUCAAGGGACAGAAGAGGCACACAAAGAACAGAAACGACAACAGCAGCUAGAAGAUAACUAUCGAUUUGUAUGGAAUGAAAAUCAGGAUGAUCUCAAGAGCAAAAGUGCAAACUCAGACUCUGAUGAUGUGGAUUUCUAAACAUACAAAACACAUGUUUUUUUUGUCUUUCAAAGAUACUGGAGCGCAGAAUUAUUUGGAAUCUGCAAAUAAGAUACUUUUAUUAUGCAAAGGCGUCCUAAUAUCUGCAGGAUAUGCAAUGCUUUAAAGCUGUUUAAACAUUGCAAAGCACAAUUCUGGUUUCUCAUUGUUUUGCAGUUCUAGAAUUAAUUGUGUUCUGCAAUAUUAAAAUGAACUGCUUAUAGCAUUUUGUCUAUUUCUUUACUACUAAACACGCUAUACAAGAAAUGUGUCUGCUUGUAUGAUUGGUAAUACUAUGCAUCUGAAAAGUUAAAAUUCAAGACUGCUCUAAAUCUUUGUGGGUAGAGCAACUUAUUCCUUGAUGCAAAUAUUAACUAAUGUGUUUUUCCCCAGUUUUUUGUUGUUAAAUACAUACUUUGCAUUUCUCCAUUUAAAGCAGCAUCUUAUUUAACUGCUGAAUUUGUUAGACUGAGACUGUGGGGUUUUUACAAGCGUCUCUUGAACCACAGCAUGGCACCAUGUUAAAUUAAUAGGUAAAAAUAACCUUUGUGUCUUAUAUUAAAAUAAUCUGUGGAUUGUGAUGCUUCUAUUGUAUAAAGUUAAUUAUUGUAUAAAUUAUUUUUUAUUAAUUCAUGGCAAUCUCCUUUUGUAGUGUUGGGGUCCUUAAAUAGCAAUAGCUGGAUACAUUCUUUUGGUGCUAACAAAUCUAAAAUUAAACACGCGCACCUUGUUUUAUUUUGAUGCACAGCAUUGUUUAAAUGCAGGGACUAAUAAGAUUGGAUAGAAAUGCACCUUGCUAGUUUAUUGCUUAAAGGGUCAGACCACACCUUUAGUCAUCUUAAAAGUCGUAUCUUAGAUUAAGCUGCAUAUAGCCUCCUGCAUCCUUUCUAUAUCAUGCAGCAGGAACAGUAAAAAGGUUUUUUUUUUACUGUCCCUUUAAGAAUAAAUACAGGCCUUGCUAUAAUUUGUUCCCCUACACAACAAUAAAGUUAUUUGUUUUUAGAACAUUUUCUGUAAACAAAAUAAUGUUGUUUUUUAAAAAAAAUAAUUGGUAAUUGUGUUGAAAAAGUAUUUCCUAGAGCAGUGUUUCCCAAACUACUUAAUUUGGAACUUUGUUGUACUUUAUGUAAUUUGCAUUUCUGUGAAAAAAAUGUACUAAAACAAUUGCACUUUAUGGAAAGGAUUAAAGCAAAAGGAAGAAAAAUUGACCGCUACAGAUGUACCGUCUCAGAAUGCAGUCCUAGUAUGUUGAAGGUUGACAUUUCAGGCUCCUUGUGAGGGAUCAUGGGUUACACCAAUACAUAUGAAGCCCUAUUAUAGGAUUAAUUGCAAUAGUUUGUUUGGGAAAUAUAGCUAUUCAGGAUAGGCAGCUAUUUUUUUCAUAGAGAAUGUAAAUUUGCUAUUGUAUAGCUCAGGAAUAAAUAAACUGCUGUAACUUUUACAUUAAA